CGGUGCCGGUACCAUGCCCCCACAGGAGCUCCUGGACUACUCGCCCGCCCUACGGAGACACAGCCCCCCCCGGGGCAGCGGCCCGGAGCUGGGCAUCAAGUGCGUGCUGGUGGGCGACGGCGCCGUGGGCAAGACCAGCCUGGUCGUCAGCUACACCACCAACGGGUACCCCGACGAGUACCAGCCCACCGCCCUCGACACCUUCUCCGUGCAGGUCCUGGUGGAUGGAGCCCCAGUCCGGAUCCAACUGUGGGACACCGCUGGACAGGAGGACUUUGACUGUUUGCGCUCACUUUGUUACCCCGACACCGAUGUCUUCCUUGUCUGCUUCAGCGUGGUAAACCCAAGCUCCUUCCAAAACAUCACUGAGAAAUGGAUUCCCGAGAUACGAACUCACAACCCCCGGGCGCCGGUGCUGCUAGUGGGGACACAGGCAGAUUUGCGGGACGAUGUCAAUGUCCUCAUCAGCCUGGAUCGCUACCAUGUGAAGCCUGUGCCCCGGCCUCAGGCAGAAGGUCUAGCUGACAAAAUACGGGCUGAAGCCUACCUGGAGUGCUCAGCACUGACCCAGAAGAACCUCAAAGAAGUUUUUGACAUGGCCAUUGUCAGCGGUGUUGAGCACAAAGCACGUCAGGAAAAGAAGAUGACAGCCAAAGGCAUCAAAACUCUCUCCAAGUGCCGCUGGAAGAAGUUCUUCUGCUUUGUCUGAAGCUGCUUUGAGGGGGGGAAGAAAGAAAUACCCGAUGCUAGUAUUGGCUCUGCACCUUCUUGGAGUGACUGCUCCUAUGGCCCCAGCGAGGAGGGUAUGAUAAGCUGCUGGGCUUGGAAACCUAGCUCUUGCUGGGUUACGGUAUCAGAUCCCUAGGAGACAUGAACUGGAUUUCCUUUGUGCCGGGAUGUGGAAUGGUCCAGACAGCUAUAAGCACCUGCCGGACACGUCUGUAACGUCCUGCACUGAUGUGAGCCUUUAACACACCAAGACUCAGUACCCUAGAACAGGCAGAUUUCUUAUAUUGUUCAAAAUGAUCAGCUUUCUGUCUGAAGCUAACACACUUUUGGAGUCCUAACGCAGCAUAAUAAACGUGAGGGACUUUUGAAGUCUGCCUAUGUUUUGGCUGAUUUACAGGCUUGGCAGAGAGUAGGGCAGGGGCAGUUACUGACAACUGCAGUGUGGUCAGACAUGGACUGCCAAGUUUGUAACAUGAGGCUUGGGUUCCCUCUCAGGUUCUGCUUGACAAAAUAGGUAGAAGUCACUUGGCUGUGCUCUUGAGAAGUACCCUUGAGAAGGUUUUUCCUAAAUAAAGGCCAUUAGCAGGCUGAAGGGAAAAUGCACUGGGAGCUGCAGUAAUUCUUUAAGGAAAAUGUUCUCUGAGAGAACUCUGUAGCCCAGCGGAUGCCAGUGCUAUAGUCCUAUCUUAAGAGGUAGUCAUGAACUUGGGGACCUAUUUUGAAAGGCUUUUUUUGUGUGUGGUGUUUUGAGAGAAACAACAGGUGGAGAACAGCAAUUGAGUGGCUCUGUCUGUCUAGCAGAGAUGAACUGUGUCAGUGAAGGAUUUGUAAUACUACUGAGGAGUGAAAUGCAGAUGCAUGUAUUGAAAGGAGAAGAGAGAGG